AUGAUGGAAGACCACGGCAUUAUCGCCACGGCGCUGGUAGCCAUGCCAGACAGACACAAUGGAGAUCUGAACGCCGCACCAAAGAUCAAGAGACUGGUACAGCAACACGGCAAAUUGAUUGACGAAUAUCCACCUGAGAAGCCGUACAACGUCUGCGUGGACACCGUCCCUCUCACCAUCGAGAGACUCCCGUACAUACCAGCAAAAGACUCGAAGCUCAUCGACCCAGGCACAGCCCGCGCAACUCUCGCCCCGUCAGCAGAAUGUCCCUACGGCACACAAGACAAUGACUGGGCCGAACGCCACGCUCAUAUGACAGUGGUACAACAACACUGCAGCUACUGGGACAAAGACGCGGACGGCAUCAUUUGGCCCAGUGAUACCUGGCGCGGCGUCCGAGCCUGGGGCUGGAACUGGUUCCUCAGCGCCAUAGCCGUCUUCAUCAUCAACUUCAAUCUCUCGUACCCGACCAUACCGGGUAGUAUCCUUCCGGAUCCGUUCUUCAGGAUCUACUUGAAGCAAGUGCACAAGUGCAAGCAUGGGAGCGAUUCGCAGAGUUAUGAUGCCGAGGGGAGAUUCGUGCCGCAGAAUUUCGAGAAUCUGUUUGCGAAGUAUGAUAGUGGGAACAAGGGCGGGCUGGACGUCUAUGAUGUUGCGAGGGCUCUGAAGGGGUAUCGGUUCGCCUUCGAUUUCUUUGGGUGGAGCGCUGCUAUGUUUGAGUGGCUCGCUGUGUACUUCCUCCUAUGGCCCGAGGAUGGAAUCAUGCGUAAGGAGGAUGUUCGUCGCGUAUUCGAUGGCAGUAUCUUCCAGCAGAAAGCAGACGAGUACGCGGAGAAGUGUGCGAGGAACGGAAGGGUUCGGAAGGCGAUAAAGUAUGGUCGGACGGGCUACUGA